UUCAUUCGUUUAAUACAAAGCAAAAAAUGACUGGUCGUGGUAAAGGAGGAAAAGGACUCGGAAAGGGAGGUGCCAAGCGUCAUCGCAAGGUUCUUCGUGAUAACAUCCAGGGUAUUACUAAGCCCGCCAUCCGUCGUCUGGCGCGUCGUGGAGGAGUAAAACGUAUCUCUGGCCUGAUCUAUGAAGAAACCCGAGGUGUGCUGAAGGUUUUCCUGGAAAACGUUAUCCGUGACGCUGUCACUUAUACUGAACACGCUAAGCGCAAGACCGUCACCGCCAUGGAUGUUGUCUAUGCACUGAAACGACAGGGACGCACGCUGUACGGAUUUGGAGGUUGAAUAAUUCGAACUACUUACAACAAAAGGCCUUUUUCAAGGCCACAACAUGAUGAAUGAGGGUUUGCUUGAAUGUAAACGUCGUUAGCCUUUUUUAAGAAGGUUUUUUAGAUCGUUCGAAUAGAUAUUCAUUUUGAUUAAGUUUGUCAAUAGCAAAAGAGAAAGUGUUUGUUUCUGUUCGAUGUUACUCUCCCAACGUGCAAACCACCCUACGAUUGCCUGUUUACCCUACGAAUACAGACAACCACCCAUCAUGUUGGUCUUUUCUGCCACCAGAAGACGGGCGAAAUGGAGUCCUCUCCGGAUGCACAAGAAACGUGAGGAAUAUUAUUAACAAUGAAAACAGACGCGCGUCAAAACACAUCCCAAACUGUUUCGUCACAGAGAUUAUGUCGAUUGCGAAUCAGUUUUGUAAUCACUUUACAAAAGCUCGUGGUUUGGACUGGACCAGACAGGAUUGAAUACCAUGUAGAUGUUGUUGUAAAAUAGUCAAGAUGCAUACGAUUUCCAAUAAUAACAGCAGCCUUGCCUCAUCAUAUUUGUUGAAAAUACGUAUUUAUUUUUGAAUUGUAUGUACCCAACCAGAAUUAUACGAAAAUUUUGAUUUAGAUAAUCUUGUCUUCUAAGAUGACAUUUGGUGCAGGUCUGCUAGAUUGAUAAACCAUAUUCGAUCACAGGGAGAAUGUUCU